AUGGAUGUGUCUCUGCCACCUGUUGAAACUCCGCUGCCUGCAAUUGACGUGCAUCAACCAUCAGGGAGGGGGCCCCCACGAGAGCCAUGCCUCUCGUCCGAUUACGGAUCUGAAGCAAACGACGCGUUUCCGAAUGCCCUUGCUCUCGACGCUGCCACGGCUCCCAGCCGGGGCAAUUAUGCACGAGAGGCUUCUAGGCGAAUAGUGGGAUUGAUUCGUGGGAGCAAGAGCAGCCCAAGCCCUGCUGGUGGGGCCUCUCUCCCGAGAGAAGAUACACAACAAGUCAAGGAUGCAACAAGCGGCAAGCAAGAUGCCGAGCGCGUCGCAGUUAUUCCAAGCCGGCCCACGCCACCUCGAUCAUCAGUCAACGGCUCGAGACCGCAGGAGCGUGUUUCUAUUGCGAGAAAGCUAACUAAGUUCCUUGGGUUCGACGGAGCUCGAACUUCAGGAGCGAAGUCAUCUGACGUCCCUGAAGAUGCGGCGGCUCCACUUGUCUACUGGAAGCCCCAUGAAAAGAUAUUGAAGAUGUUGGGUUAUCGACCAAGAGGGUACGGGCAACCGUUCACGAAUAGAUACACGUUGGGUGAGGUGCUGGGCAUGGGGGGCUUUGGAGUGGUACGAGAAGGUACGCACAAGCCAGAUGGGGAGGUACUCGCUGUGAAGGUGAUAUCGCGGGAUGCAGUCAAAGAUAUGGACGCCUUGGCACAGGAGGUGGAUACUCUUCGACGUCUUGACCACCAUCAAGUCGUAAGGUUUAUUGACUUCUAUGAGGAACCACAGACCUUUUUCCUGGUCCUUGAGAAAGUUCCGGGAGGCGAGUUGUUCGAUCGGAUUGUAGCGGAAGGGAAGUUCACGGAGGAGAGCGCGCGGGCUUGUAUGCGGUCCCUACUUGAGGCGCUAGCCUAUUGCCACUCACAGAAAAUUGCGCACCGUGACAUCAAGCCGGAGAAUAUUUUGUUUGCCAGCCUCGAUGCCAAAGAUCGCACCGUUAAACUUACUGAUUUUGGAUUGGCUCGAAGCGUUGAGCGGGGUCUUAUUGCCGGUACUCCGUGUGGCACUCCAAGUCUCGCCCUGCUGUCCCUUCCCGCACCCCUCCUUCGCGAUCGCACGCCUUUUCCUUUCGGGAUGGCCGGCCCCAGCUACAUGGCACCGGAGAGCAUUAGACUGAUGCCUCACGGCACGCAGGUUGACUGCUGGGGUGUCGGAGUAGUGACACAUAUCUUGCUCUGCGGCUUCCCUCCGUUCAAUUCCUCAAGGACGGAGAAGCUAUUUCGCCUCAUCAAGAAGGGGCGGGUCAGCUUUGAAGACGCUUGCUGGAGAUCUGUGUCGCAGAACGCGAUGGACUUUGUGUUGGAUCUACUUAGAGUUGACCCAGACACUCGGCUUACGACAGAGCAAGCCCUGCAGCAUCCCUGGCUUACUGACGCCGUCGAGGAGGCGGAGGAGGGUGGACAGGAGCUUGGGGCUGCAAUGACCAAGUUGCGGACCUUCAACGCGAAACGAAAACUCCGGGUGGCUAUACGCACCCUCAUAGCCCUCCAGCAACUGGAGGUUUCGGCAUCCUCGAUGGAAGUUGGGGUCGCCCGACCCCCUCUUCUUGCGCUACAAGCUGCAAAGGAGCGAAGGACCACGUCUCGGGGGAUUGGGAGAAAGUCAACGGGGAUAUUCAGUGAUCGGAAAUGGGGGAUAAACGUGCAACUCAACCGAGAAUCGACCUUGAGGCCGUUACGACCUACUGGGCUACUGGUUGCUGAGGGACUUGGAGAGGUGAUCUAUAAUGGCCUCCGUGUAGGACGAAAAGGGGGUAGUUGUGAGGCGGAAGAGUCUAUGCAACAGCUGUGA